AUGUUUCAUGCGAGGGAAGCGAAGCACUGGUCUUCGUCCCCAGUCGGGCCUCGCGACUUCGGAACCACCAGCUACCACCAGCUACCACCAGCCACCAACAGUCACCACCAGUUACCACCAGUCACCAAAAGUCAGUACCAGCUACCACCAGCUACCACCAGCCACCAACAGUCACCACCAGUUACCACCAGUCACCAAAAGUCAGUACCAGCUACCACCAGCUACCACCAGCUACCACCAGCCACCACUAGCCACCACCAGCAACGACCAGUCACUACCAGCUACCACCAGCCACCCCCAGCCACCACCAGUCACCACCAGACACUACCAGCUACCACCAGCCACCACCAGCCACCACUAAUCCCUACCAGCUACCACCAGCUACCAUCAGCCACCCCAUCCACCACCAGCAACCACCAGUUACUACCAGCAUACCACCAGCUACCACCAGCGACCACAAACUACCACAAGUCACAACCAGUCAUUGCCAUCAGCUACCACCAGUCACCACCAAACACCACCAGCUACAAUCAGCUACCACCAGCCACCACCAGUCUCUACAAAAAAACCACCAGCUACAACCUGCCACCACCAGCCACCACAGGUCACCACCAGUCACUACCAGCUACCACCAGCUACCACAAGCUACCACCAGCUACCACCAGCCACCACCCGUCUCUACCAGCUACCACCAGCUACCACCAGACAACCCCAGCCACCACCAGCCACCAACAGCCACCAACAGCCACCACCAGUCACCACCAGUCACAACCAGUCACCACCAGUCACCAACAGCUACCACCAGCUAGGUACCAUCAUAUACCACCAUUCACCACCAUCCACCACCAGCCACCACAAGCUACCACCAGCCACCACCAGUCACUACCAGCUACUACCAGCUACCACCAGCUAACACCAGCUAUCACCAGUCACCACCAGUCACCACCAGUCACUACCAGCUACCAUCAGCUACCACCAUCUACCACCAGCCACCGCCAGUCACCACUAGCAAACACCAGUCACAACCAGUCACUACCAGCUACCAUCAGCUACCACCAGCUACCACCAGCUACCAUUAGCCAUUACCAGCCACCACCAGCCACUACCAGCUACAACCUGCCACCACCAGCCACCACAGGUCACCACCAGUCACUACCAGCUACCACCAGCUACCACAAGCUACCACCAGCUACCACCAGCCAACCCCAGCCACCACCAGCCACCAACAGCCACCAACAGCCACCACCAGUCACCACCAGUCACAACCAGUCACCACCAGUCACCAACAGCUACCACCAGCUAGGUACCAUCAUAUACCACCAGCCACCACCAGCCACCACCAGCUACCACCAGCUACCACCAGCUAACACCAGCUAUCACCAGUCACCACCAGUCACCACCAGUCACUACCAGCUACCAUCAGCUAUCACCAUCUACCACCAGCCACCGCCAGUCACCACUAGCAAACACCAGUCACCACCAGUCACUACCAGCUACCAUCAGCUACCACCAGCUACCACCAGCUACCACCAGCUACCAUUAGCCACCACCAGCCACCACCAGCCACUACCAGCUACAAAUAGUGACCACCAGCUACCACCAGCUACCACCAGUCACUACCAGCUACCACCAGCUAACACCAGCUAUCACCAGCCACCAACAGUCACCACUCACACCACCAGCUACCACCAGCCACCACCAGUCACUACCAGUCACUACCAGCUACCACCAGCUACCACCGGCUCAGGCUGCUUUAGAGAAUGCAUGUAA